AUGCUGACGCCGUUCCCGAACAGGUACGAGGAAGAAAUUGCCAUGCUCCGCCGUCAGCUCGAAGGAGCACGCGGAAACGCGCCCCCCAGCAUUGGCGGCCCUCCUCCCCAUGCCGGUCCGUCGCAACAGCCUCCUUCUAUUGCUCCCGGCAACGGUCUCUUCAACGGCAUCAUGACCGGUGGUGGCCAGGGCCAACUGGCCCCUCCUCCCCCUCCUCCGCCUCAGGACCAGCAGAUGGGCCCCCAGCACCAGAUGGCUCAAGGCCCUCCGGGACUCCCUGUCCCACCACCUCCUCCCCCCCCACAGUCGCAGCAGCCUCCUUUCCAGCAAUAUCCUCAGGGCCCCGUAUCUAACGGCCUUGCAUCCCAACCUCCCCAGAGCACCGCAUCGCCGGGUCCCGGCAGACGGGGAAUUGGCAGACCGCCUGCCGCUGUUGGACCGGCUACUCCUCAAAUCAACACACCGAUCCCUUUCCCUGGCGCGACCCAGUCGCCCCAGGUCAGCCACCCGACGCCCGACCACGCCCGAAUGGGAGGCCCUCAUGCCCCUCCGGUGGGAAACGCUCUUGGAGACCUUGACCCUGAUCGUCUUCCCCCUCAUUCUAAGAAGUCGGGCCAUGACUGGUUCGUCAUCUUUAACCAGCACGUCCCCCGUAUGCUGGAUGUUGACCUGGUGCACACUCUUGCCCAUGAGAGUGUGGUCUGCUGCGUGCGUUUUAGCCACGACGGCAAGUAUGUGGCCACCGGUUGCAACCGGUCUGCUCAGAUUUACGAUGUUCAGUCUGGAGAGAAGCUUUGCGUCCUCCAGGAUGACAGCGUCGACAUUACCGGCGAUCUCUAUAUCCGAAGCGUUUGUUUCAGUCCUGACGGCAAAUACCUUGCCACUGGUGCUGAAGACAAGCUGAUCAGAGUUUGGGACAUCGCAUCUCGACAAAUCCGAAACACCUUUUCAGGCCACGAGCAAGACAUUUACUCCCUGGACUUUGCUCGUGACGGUCGCACGAUUGCCUCCGGCAGUGGAGACAGGACGGUUCGUCUCUGGGAUAUUGAGCAGGGUACCAACACCCUUACUCUUACUAUCGAGGAUGGCGUUACCACCGUCGCAAUCUCCCCCGAUACUAAGUACGUUGCCGCUGGCUCCCUCGACAAGAGCGUACGUGUUUGGGAUAUCCACCAGGGCUACCUGUUGGAACGCCUCGAGGGCCCUGAUGGCCACAAGGACAGUGUCUACAGCGUUGCUUUCUCUCCCAACGGUAGAGACCUUGUCAGUGGCAGUCUGGAUAAGACUAUUAAGAUGUGGGAGCUCAGCACUCCUCGCGGCUUGCCAAACCCUGGACCUAAGGGCGGCCGUUGCGUCAAGACGUUUGAGGGCCACAGAGAUUUUGUUCUUUCUGUUGCCCUCACUCCUGACGCGGCUUGGGUCAUGUCUGGUUCCAAGGACCGUGGUGUCCAGUUCUGGGACCCUCGCACCGGAGCUACGCAACUCAUGCUCCAGGGACACAAGAAUUCGGUCAUUUCGGUCGCGCCCAGCCCGACUGGAGGCUACUUUGCCACUGGUUCUGGAGACAUGCGGGCCCGUAUCUGGUCUUACCGUAGCGUCCAGUAA